ACUAGGGCUUUGCUCAAUGAACUGUCACCACUGGCAUAAGCUGUAAUCGUACUCACUGUCCCCACCAGAGCUUGGGAUUUCUCUCAGUCUGUUGGCCACGUACAUGGAGAGCUGACCAAAACUAAUUUUGUAAUAUAAAUAUAAACUGCACAUUUGGUUCAAUACUUACAUCUAUGUGAUGCUUCUGUGCAAAGCAAUUUCUCUCAGAAGUCUGAUAGCCAAAGAAAUGUCUCAAGAUUUCAGUCAGAACACACACAUAGCAUGCACACACCCAUAUGCACACACACAAAGGAAACAGGCCAAAAAGAAAGGGAUGAUCACUGGAUCAUUAGAGACCAUCAUGUAUCCUAUAAAUCCCAUCUUUUUUGCUAAUCUUUUCAUUCCGAUAGGGAUGGCCAACUUUUUUCAGGGGGGAACCAUUGUUCUUUGUUCUUGGGAUAUAUAUAUACACGCAUAUAUAUGUGUGUGUGUAUAUAUAUACACAAAUACAAAUGGAGCAGAAAGUUGGAAGACGAAUUUAAAUGAUUGGAAUUGGGGGCUGGGUUCUUAAGGGGAACAGAGGUUAUAACAGUGAAGUACCUCCGCUAAAAGGAAAAUUCUAGAAGCAGCUUAUCUAACACAUCAGAAUAGCCUUCACUAUUAGAACUAGGGGAUUAUUUCACUAUUCAAAAUAACUUACCCAAAAGGUCAGUGGGCCAAAAUCACCUAAUAAGCCAGAAGGAAAGGGUGAGAUGUGAGGGUGGCUGGGCAAGUGGCCACCUGGAGCCCAUGGCUGGUGUUCCCCACAGAGACAGGCAAAAGGUGUUCAGGCAAAGGAGCUGGCAAAGAGGACCACCGAUUUGCCUGCUGUCUAGAAGCAAAUAUUCCUGAGCAAUUAGUUCCAAAUCACGCUCAUGUACUCUCUAGAAGUAAAUUGUGAAGAAAAAGGAAAACCUUCAAGUUGCCCAACCGAAUACAAAUGCCACCUUCUCCCCUAAUACACUCCCUCCCCCAGGGGAGUUGGAGAUCCUUCUUCUGUUGGUGCCUUUGCUGGCAAUGUCCAUGCAAUGGUAGGACUGUCCCCACCCUACCCCGCUCCUGGAAGUUUCAUGCGUGGCCAUCAGGAGACCACCAGGAAGGAAACUCAAAAAGAAAUCCUGCAAGUGGAAUCAUUCGCUUAUAAAGGCAUUUCCAUUUCGCCAGUCUGAUGCUAACUGGACCACAGCUAACCUGAUCUUCGAUGCCAACGACAUCAUGGUACCCAUUUCACCACCUCAAAAACUGCACACAAAGAGCAACAACCCAGAAAUCCCAAAAGGUAUCGAUUAGACAGAUUUUGUAUUCUCCUAGGACCUGCUCCAAAUUCCAUCAGGAAAAGCUCCUCAGGAAGAGAAGUUAACAAGAGGACAUAUGAUGGAUGCUAAAUGUUUAAACAUAUGCCAGCAGCAGUUACAUAAGGCCUGCUCGGUUCGGAGAUCUAUAAUUGGGAGGGUAUAACUAGGACAGUGAAAAUAUAAAAUAAAAGUAAUCUUCCAGAGUGGAAUAAAAAAGAAAUAUAUUCAUCCCACAGUCGUAAAACCAUUCAUGUGCAGUGAUUUUUUUUAUAGUUUUAUAAUUUUGUAUUGUUUUAUAAAUUAUUUAUAAGGUGUUGUAAUGCUUCUUAUAUUAAUUUUUUAAAGAUAAAUUUUUUGCUACAAGGCAUAAAAAGGUGCCUGAACAAAUUCUUAGGAAUAUAAAUUAUACUGUGUGACUUGUAAGUCUUCGGGACCUCACCUACUGCUUAAUUUUAUUAUGACAUUUCUUAUUUCCACUUGUAAACAACUUCAUAUGCCAGUAGCACUUAAGAGUCUUUUAUGUUUCCAUGAACUGAAGGCUAAGGUUGCCAUUAACAAAAAAUAAAAGCCACUUCGGGCAUAUGUGAUUGUAUUUCAAGCUUCAAUAUUUUUCUUACAUAUUCUUAAAUUAUGAUCAUCUUCAUUUCCUUCAUCAUUUGAUAAAAAAAAAGAAAUGACUGAUGUUAUAUUUCACACCUGUUUGUGGGCUUUUUUUUUUUCAACCAAAAACCAUUUGAAAAAUUGAGAAUUUUAAUUGCAUUGCAAGGAUUUGGUUUCUGUAUGUUGUAAUCACACAACACACACGCGCAUACACACACACACACACACACACACCCCACAGGAGAGAGAAUAAAAAAGCAAAAGGAGCUAGGAAAAAAGAAAACCAAGUAGAGGCGUAUCAAAGAACUCAAGCUAUAACCAAAAAGAAAUUGUAAAAUGCCUUUGCUCAUCUUCUCUACGCUGGACCAAAGCUCAAUAUUUGUAGGUAUAUGCACAUUGUAUAGAUAUGGCUUAAAUGUUGCUGACAAUCUCGCAAUACUAAACUGUUCCUAUUUUAAGAAAAAAAAAGAAAUACAAACUGUUCAUCAAUGUUUUACCUCAGCACUCUACUUGUACCCAGUUAAUGACCAAGCUUAAAAAAAAUGGAGAAAAAGGAAAUUGAUUUUCAUUUCAAUGUUUGACUGUAAAAUCUGUUUGGAUAACAUUUUGUAAUGAGCUUUUUGUCAUGUGGUUUGCUUGUCUUCAACUUGAAAUUAUGUGAGGCACAUUUGUUUUAUUUGUUGUUAAGAAAGUGAUUUUCUUUUUUUUUUUUUUUUUGUCCUACGUGCUGUGAUCUAGACUGGUCACCAGGGUCACUGAUGAGAAACCACAGAAAGUUGCCUGCUCCACGUGUGGGGCAGGCAGCAGGAAGGAGGGCAGAAAAAAUGACUGGGUUGUUUCGAAAAAAUCCUCUUGAUGAGAAGUUGACAUGAUGGACUUGUGACCAAGAAGCCAAACUGGAUAUUUAAAAGCUCCUUACUUGCUCUGACAUUGAAACCAAAGCUGAUUUAUCUGCACAGGUUGCUUAACGUUAAAAAAAAAAAAAAACUGACAAAACUGUACUUAAUCUAGAGCAAUAUCUGUAUGGUCAGUAAAGCUGCACUUUGUGUAUUUCUUAACAGCUUCAGAUCUGUCACUUUUAAUUUGUACCAUAAAAAAUAAAGAAUUGUUUGACAUGAGCUUCUAGAGUAAGUGUGUCUUGAACUCAGAUAUAUCAUUUCAACUGUAAGCAUGUAAAUGAAUAUGUGGGAUAACCCCAGGUGUUAAGAAAAGGAAGGGGUUCCAGGCAGACCCAUUAAUAUCAUGAUUAUUUUAACUUUUCGAAUAAAAGAUUAGAUAAAUUAAGACACCAUUGGUUGCAGGUUACAGAAAUCCAACUGAAACUUGCUGAGACAAGAAGAGCCGAUGCUAUUUGACCUGAUAGGGAAGUCCGGCUGCAAGCUCCGCUGCAUACAGUGGUUCCAAGGAUGUCACCAGCCUGCCCCGCUCGGCUUCCUUCUCACCCGGGAACCUCAGAUGUUGAGUCUUGCACCUGUCUCUAAACUAGGCGCUGUGUUGGGGGAUUAUGUACUGGAAUCCACUCCGGGGUCACAGACCCACCCUGUCUGUGGUCAGGGGAAGGGGCCUCAUGCUAACAACCCCGAGGAACCCCAAGGAAGAAUGGGAAGUCUCCACAAGAAUCUGAAGACGGAAGAUGGGAAACCAUAGCAAGCCGACACAACCCAUGGCCAUCCAAGUCUCCUACUAACACCCCGCCCUGUGCCAGGUAUUGCAGAGGAUUCUGCUGGGAAAGAGCUCUUGCUGCCUUUUCAAGCAAUUCCUGUCAUUGCAUGGUUCUGGAAAAUUUAGGCAUUUAGAAUAUGCUCCUGAUUAAGUAUAAUGUGAGAAUAGGAGGUGAGUUAACGUGGUUUUACAAUUUACUGGAUCAAAAGGAAGAUGGGAUUAUCUUGCUAAAAUACCAGUAAAAGGGGGUGGGGUAGUUAGAAUGACAAUCUGCAUGCUUUUAGUGACCUUCAGCAAACAUUUCUUAUGCUACAUGGAGGUCCAUAUAUCAACUUCAUCUUGUGAUUGAUAAGAAGUGCUUCAGGACAAGCAACAGAACCAAAAAUCGGAGUGCCCAUACAUUAUAAAUAGGCAAGAAAAGUGGCCAGGAAGCUCCGAGAUGGAUUUCUAGGAGGAGCAAAAAGAUGCUGAUGCUUCCGUCCUCGUGGGUAGAGAAAGACAAAAUACAGUCACAGUCAAGCUUUCUUUCCAUUUAAAAUACUCUGAAAAUACUCCGGGCAAAGGUCAUG